GUUCGAGUGGGGACUCGAGACAAAGUAGGUCGGCGUAGGCCUAAUAUACAAUAGUUCGGAUUUUGGACCUAGUGAAGCUUUUGAUUCGCGGCCACAAAAAUGACUUUGGGAGACAACAAGGACGAGUUCCAUUGUUCAGACACAGCAAAGAUGGCACCAAUAGCGCCCAAACAAGAUACGGAACUCCAAACUCUAGAAAUAUCCGCCGAGAAGUUGGCGCUGGAGCAAGAGAAGGAGCUCAUUGAAAGAGGCGUCGAGGAUGCAGCGGAAAGUGCCAGUCCUUUUCCCGAGGGUGGAUACGGCUGGGUGAUCGUAUGUGCUUCCUUCAUUGGGCAUUUCAUGUUCCCCCUCUGCCUGAGUUUCGGACUUUUUCACGUGGCUCUGCAGGAGCAAUUUGGAAGGAGCAAAGGGGUGACGGCCUUGGUGGGGUCUAUGACAUACGGGUUCGCGGCAGGUCUCGGUCCCGUCGGGGGUCUUCUGUGCAGUCUGAUCGGCCAUCGCUGGACCUGCAUCCUCGGCUGCCUCCUCACCUGCUCCGGCUUCCUCCUCAGCGCCUUUACGAAAAACUUUGUUGUCCUCUUCUUCUCUUAUGGAAUCCUAAUCGGCACUGGAAUAUGUUUCGUGCUGCUGCCCUCUACAGUUAUGAAUCAGUUCUACUUCCAGAAGCGUCGAAGUCUAGUGACCGGGAUCGUACGUUCUGGCAGCGGUCUCGGGAGUAUAGUUUUACCGUUAUUUAUCCAAUAUCUCAUCGACAGUUACUCAUGGAGAGGCGCCAUGAUCUUACUAGCUGGAAUUUCGCUACAGGGCUGCGUCAGUGGCGCCGCGUAUCGCCCAAAUGCGCAAAUAGAACGAAAAAUCGCGAAUGAAUCAGAGCAGAAUAAAUCUCUCAAAGAAGGUUUUGCGGCGAGUUUUGAUGUUUUCAAAGAUUUCAGAUUUUUAUUGAGCAUGUCCGUGACAUUUUUAGAGGGUGUCCACUCAGUAGUAUUUUUUGUUCUCCUGCCUGACCGAGUAGUAGGAUACGGGUUUUCCGCAGACCAGGCAGCGUUCUUGCUCUUCCUGACAGGAAUCGGUUCGAUUUCUGGCCGCCUGCUGGGAGGGGUCGUGCUUAAUGUCCUAAAAUGGAACACUAUUCUUCCAUUUGGAUUCGCACUGGCCAUGAUGGGAGGCUCGCAUCUAAUCCUAGUUUUAUACCAACCCCUAUAUGGCAUCCUGAUUUUCGCCGCGGUCUGGUUUGGGUUCUGGUACGGCGUGUUCUGUACUAUUAUCCCUCUCUACAUGGUGCAAGUGUUCGGACUUCAAAGAGUGACCUUCGUGUAUGGCUGGGUGCUUUUUUCCGAAGGUUUGGGUGGUUUUAUUGGCCCGCCGAUAGGUGGCGCCCUAUAUGACAUGACAGGGAUUUACUCGUAUUCCUUUCUUGUAACGGCAUCAAUAACUCUAAUAGGUGGCUUGCUGAACAUUCCUAUUUACAUUCUCGAUCGGAUUCGGAAGAAGAAAGAAGAUGGAGAUUACGUGUUGUGAUACCAAUGGGAGUCAUAUUAUUAACAGAGAUGGGGCAACCAUAUUUUUCUUAUACCGGAGAAAAAGCAAUGUUGUGAUAGAAGAGUACAAGAGAUCCAACCGUCACCAUGCAGUCUGGUAUACCGUGUGAUGUUAUCGUAUUUAACGCUGUUCGCAAUUAUUAUAUUAGGGGGAUCGUAUUAGCCAAAUAAAAAUUAAUUUUUAUCUCUCGUUUGGCCUGCCUUUUGCGCGGGGCU